AUGUCGAAUAAACAGAGAUUUCGUUACCAGGAUUUUUCGGAUCCAAAAACUCAACUUGUAACCGCUGACAAUAAUCAAAAUGCUUAUGACAUUUACUGUCCACAACCUUCUUGCAGGUGUCUUCUUUUGAGAACAAGUUUUGGGACACUUGUUGAGAGACCUAAAGAUAAGACAAUGCUACCUCCUAGUGACGAAAAAUCAGAAUCAAAUAGUACUACUAACAGUAAAGAAAAUAUAAAUCGGAAUAGUACUAAUGGCGAAUCAACUUCACAAUCAAAUGUAGAAUACUGGCAAUUAACAGACAUGAUGACAUUUGAAAAUAUUGGUUUUUCAAAAACUAUCGAAGAAACUGGAUUAAAAUAUAUAUGUUGUGCUGAUUGUAAUGUGGGUCCUAUUGGAUAUCAUGAUACAAAAGCUCAAGAAAAAGAAUAUUUGAUUGCUGUUAAUAGAGUUAGUUACGAUGUUGGUUCUCUAAUUUCUGAAAACAUUGUUUAG